CGUUGAGCCCUGUGGCGGUCAGUGUCUCUUUAAAAACAAGAUGGCCCCCGGCCGGGCUCUCCCCGGCCCGUUCGCGCCACUUCCGGGGGCGGGGCAGAGUGGCCGGAAGUGGGUCGCGUUUCCAAGAUGGCGACUCCCUAUGUGACUGACGAGACCGACAAAGAUGCUUGUAACGUUUCAGGGAAGUACAUUGCCUCCACGCAGCGCCCUGACGGGACCUGGAGGAAGCAGAGAAAGGUGAAGGAGGGAUACGUGCCCCAAGAAGAAGUGCCGGUGUAUGAGAAUAAGUAUGUGAAGUUUUUCAAAAGCAAACCAGACCUGCCCCCCGGUCUGAGCCCCGAGGCCAACGCGCAGCCAGGCAAGCAGGCCACCAAGGCGGAGUGCGGCGAGCCCGGCCUGUCCAAGACGGCCAAGAGGAACUUGAAACGUAAGGAGAAGAGGAAGCAGCAGCAGGAGAAAGGGGAGAGGGAGACAGACGAACUGAUCCAGUCCCUGGAAAAGGCCACCCUCUUGGGGGGCAGCAGCAGGGACAGGGGCCCCCCGGGGGAUGGUAAGUCGGCCCUGCAGCAGCAGCAGGCCUGCGGCGGAACGGCCCUGGGGGACGGGGACUCCUCAGCCUCUGAGAAAACCAAGAAGCUGAAAAACCUGAAAAAGAAGCUGCGGCAGGUGGAGGAGCUGCAGCAGCGGCUGGACUCUGGGGAGAUCAAGCAGCCGACGAGAGAGCAGCUGGAGAAGCUGGCGCGGCGGAAGGCGUUGGAGGAAGAGCUGGAGGACCUGGAGCUGGAUUUGUAAGGGGGGGGCCCGGGAGGGAGACUCUGAACUGGACUCAAUGCGCGCAGGUGAAUGAAUCCUGCGAGCUGUGGUGACCUCGUUGGGCCCGGCUGGGUUUUUUGUUGGGUGCUGCCUGGUUUUUAAGAACAAUUUUCCCAGCUAUCGAGGUUAGAAACUCGACAACUUUUCACAUACCUCUCUCCUUUUUUAUUAUUUUCUUGGGGGGGGGGGGCUGGGGGUGUCAUAGGGAGGGGGUGGGCGGGGCUAGCACCCCACGGCUGUUUCCCCAGCCCCGUAGGAGUCCCAGGUCCUCAGUGUUCUGUGUUCCAGCCACUCACUCACUCCUCUGAUUUUUAAAAAUGACACAAUAAUAAAAUUGCAGUAGUGA